AUGAGCUCGAUCCCUUCGCAGUCGGGCCAACAAGGACAGAGCACCGCUGCUAACGCCGCCGCCGCCUCAACUCAGCCCGUCGCUUCCUCCCCGUCCCCCCUGGCUGCGACUGCCCCGGCGCCGCCUAGGUCCUACGCCAACGCCACGAAGAAGUCCGCGACGGACUCGACCGCCGCUCCCGUCACCGUGGGCGGCUCGGCGCAACAUGGGAAGUCGACCUCCGUAUCUCCUGUGAGCGGCAACCCCAUGCAAAACCAACAGUCCCAGCAGCAGACCGCGUCGCCGGGCGUCACCAUUGUCAAUGGUGCCCCGACGGCGCCUGCUGCUGACCACUCGCGCAAACCGUCUGUGACCAUCACGUCCGCCGGCACAUCGGGUUACAUGCCCAACGGAGGACCCGCUAGCCGUCCGAAUAGCCUGCAGUUCGGUUUCGCCAACCAACAGAGCUCGCCCAACAUGGGCAAUCCCGCUGUGCUCGCCGCAAACCAGUCGCAGACCGGCUUGGGGGUUGCCCCGUCGAUGAACCCGCGUGUUACCUCGCCGCAGACCUCUCCCUCCCCCAUCCCACAGCCUGCGUCCAGCGGUGGCCGUCCUCCACCAUCGACCUACCAGGGCCAGGGCAACGUGCCAAACUUUGGCAGCUUUGGGGAUGCUGGGGAUGCCAACAUGCGUCCGACUCCGCAGGCACCUCUCGGACCCGGUCCUCAACACUUGCGUCGCGAAUCGUCCCAGUCCACCCACAGCGAUAUGAGCAACCACAUGGGCAGUGGACCUGGACGCGGUGGCUACCCUCACCAGGGUGGCCGCGGUCGCGGAUACUCCCAGUCUGGCUACCAGGGCCAGAUGCCAUACUCGCCCGGUCCGAAUUUCCGGCAAACGCCCAACCAGCCCCGAGGCGGACCGAAUAUGGGCCCUCAGUUUCACGGCCCUAAUCAGGGUCGUCCGCUGGCUCCCUUCCCGAACUCGCCGCAUCAAGCGAACCGCAGCCCAGCACUGGCCAACGCCCACCCAACGACUCCCCAGAUGAACCAGGUCCCCAUGGCCCACCCCCAGAUGCCUCCGCAGCCAUACGGUGGCUACGGCCAACACAUGGGUCCCCAAACUGUGAGAAACCCACCCUCUUUCCGUCAUACCCUGAAACCCGCCCGGCGUGGCAAUUUCCAAAGGAACAAAGCCCCUCGGGCGGCCUUGUUCCACCAGAACCUCCCCUUCCCGGAUCUUGCGCCUGAGAGCGGCCAAUUUGAACGUUAUCUGACAAUAAUGAAAACCAAUCAGGGAUACCCCCAGGCUUACGAUCCCAACUACGGCUAUUACAACCCGGGAUAUGGCAUGCAGCAGAUGCAGUACAUGACCCCGCCGUCCCCUCAGCCCCGUCCCGGCAUGCCCUACAACGCCCAGGGUGCUUAUAUGCAGGGCCAGUUCCAGCCGCCGCCGCAGUCGACUCCGCUCUCGCGUACCCCAUCCCAAGUGUCUACUGACCGUCCAGGAUCGAGUCUUGGCCAGGGCCAAGGACCCGCUGGUCCUCCUGCGCCCGGUCAUGCUCACACUGCGAGCAGAUCGUCUAACAGCCCGGCUCCUGCGAAGCCGAACUUCGUCAUUCCUUCCGCCAAGAAGAGCGCCGCUAUCGUCAUCAAAGACCCCGGUAGUGGUGCCGUGAAGACAUUUGAGAAGGCUCCCGCCUCUCCGGCUCGCGCGACUCCUUCCCCUAUCAAGAUUUCCACACCCACGUCCACUCCUCCACCACGCACAGCCAGCGCCACGGGCCACGUGCGCUCCGAGAGCAAGGCAAACAGCGCCAAGACUGACGAGGAGAAGAAGCAGGAGCUCAAGGAUGCCGUUCGUCAAAAGAUCCUGGCAGACGAGAAGCGUGCCGCCGAGGCUGCUGGCAAGGAAUCGACUGAACCCGCCAAGGCGAAGGUUGAUGAGACCGAGUCCGUUCGUGCUGCCGUGGAGGAUCUCAGCUUGAAGGAGAAGGCUGCUCCUGCCGAGGAACCGAAGGUGGCGCCUGCUCCUGCGCCUGCGUCUGCGCCUGCCCCUGCUCCUGCCCCUGCUCCUGCCCCUGCUCCUGCCCCUGCCCCUGCUGAUGAUGACGAGAUCGACUACGACGCCAUUGAGCGCGAGUUGGAAGAAGUCGAGCGCAAGGAACGCGAGGCCGAAGAAGAUUAUAACCGCAAGAAGGCCGCCCAGAAGGAAGAGCGCGAACGCAAGGAGCGUGAGGAGCGCGAGGCCUACGAGACCAACAUGAAGGCCGCUGAGCGUGAGGCCGAAGAGCGUGAGCUUGCCCGUGAGGCCGCUCGCGCCAAGGGUGGUGAUGUCGAGGACGAGUCCAGUCGCAAGGAGCGUGAGGACCUCUUUGCCUCCCUCAAAAGGACCUCUACGCCUGGAGACAGUGGUACUGCCACUCCAGUUUCAUCUGAUAUGUCGUCCAUGGGCCCGCCCGCGAAACCCGCCAGUGCUGCCGCCAAGGGCAAGCCCGGCCCGCUCAAGCUCGAGACAAAGACCGAGCCCGAGAAGCCCAGCGCGGCCAUGAAUGCUCUACGCAAUGCCAAGUUCCUCGAGGAUCUUAGUAAGGUCACGUAUCCUUCUUCGAUCACUCCGCCCAACGCAGCUCUCAACACCAGCGCGCCUGCUGGCCGCCGGUUCCACUACGAUAGAGACUUCCUGCUCCAAUUCCAGACUGCGUACAAGGAUAAGCCUUUGGUGGAUUGGGAUCUUCGCGUUCGGGAGACCGUUGGUGACGCAGAGUCUUCGUCGCGACCACAGUCUGCUCGGACUCCCAGCAUGGGCGGCCGCACCGCCUCGCGUGGCGGUAUGGGCCCUACUGGCUUCAUGGGCAACUUUGGCCAGCCUGCUCGUGGCGCCCUGCCUCCCGGAACCACCUCGGACCAGCGCUUCAACGCCUCGAUGGGCCGCGCCCCCUUCGGUGCUAUCCCCCGCCCUGGUAUGGGCAGCAUGGGUUCUCCUGCUAUGAGCCGCAACAGCUCUACUGGGAUGCCGGGUCGUGUUGCUAGCGGCCGUGGUGGCCCACGCACGGGCAGUAAGCGUGACAAGCACUCUGCUAAGAAGGAAGAGGACUCCAACAAGUCCAUGCCUCUCACCGCUGGUAUGGAUCUCAAGGCUCUUGUACCAAGUAGCACUGGUUGGAAGCCUCGCAGUAUCGGUCAGUCGGCAGCUGGUCCAGCUCUUGGUGAAGAGGGUCACAUGCCUCCUGAUGUGGUGCAGCGCAAGGUCAAGGCUGCUCUCAACAAGAUGACUCCCGAGAAGUUCGACCGCAUUGCCGACCAGAUAUUGGAAAUUGUUUCCCAGUCCAAGGAUGAGUCGGACGGCCGUACCCUGCGCCAGGUCAUUCAACUCACCUUCGAGAAGGCCACCGAUGAGGCUCACUGGGCGCCCAUGUACGCCAAGUUCUGCAAGCGCAUGCUCGAGCACAUGAGCGCCGAGAUCAAGGACGAGAACAUCCGUGACAAGAAUGGUCAGGUCGUUGCGGGCGGUAGUCUGUUCCGCAAAUACCUGCUCAACCGCUGCCAGGAAGAAUUCGAGCGUGGCUGGAAACUCAACCUGCCCCCACAGCCCGAGGGCACGACGGAAGAGAUUGCCAUGAUGUCCGACGAGUACUACAUAGCUGCGGCUGCCAAGCGUCGUGGUCUUGGUCUCGUCAAGUUCAUUGGUGAGCUGUACAAAUUGGGCAUGCUUACUGAGCGUAUCAUGCACGAGUGUGUCAAGAAGCUGGUCGACUACGAGGGUAUCCCCGACGAGGCGGAGGUCGAGAGCUUGACUAGUCUCCUGCGCACCAUCGGUGCCAGCUUGGAUAGUUCGGAGAAGGGACCUGCCAUGAUGGAUGCCUACUUCGCUCGUAUCGUCCUCAUGAUCGACACUCCAAACCUACCCAGCCGUCUGAGAUUCAUGUUGAUGGAUAUCGUCGACCUGCGGAACCACCGCUGGGUCUCCAAGGAUUCCGACAAGGGUCCUAAGACUAUCCAACAAAUUCGUGAAGAGGCUGCUCUCGCCCAGCAAGCGGCCGAGAUGGAGCGCGCGCGUCAGCAGGCCAACCGCGGCGGUGGCGGCGGCCGAGCGGCCAUGGGUCGUGGCGAUGCUCGCGGCUUCGGUGGCUACGGCAACCAGGCUCCUCCGCCAGACUACGCUUCGAGCAAGGUCGGCAGCGACGACCUCCGCCGUUUGCGCGCAACUCGCAACACUAACCAACCUCCAUCGUUCGGCCCGUCCAGCCUUCUCGGCUCGCGCAGCAGCAGUGGUCGCAAGACUCUGGGACCGGGUGGAAACCUGGUCCGGGGCAGUGAUGACAGUGCUGCUAGCAGCCGCACUGGCACACCUCCUGCCGGAAAGAAGGAGGACAAAGAGGCCGCUUCGUCGAUGAACGCUUUCAGCGCACUCGCGGCUCUAGAAGACAAGGACAACAUGGCGACCUCGCCCCCGUCAAACCCCACGUCCCCGAACCUUACCAAGUCGCAGCCCGCCGCAGGGGCAGCGGCAGCAGCAGCGGCCGAGCGCAGACCCUCCAAAACGCCCUCCAAGGAUGGCGAGAACACAGCAUAG